AUGGAAGGGUGGUGGAGGAAACAGCAAGACGUCCAAAUUAAAUCUGUUUUUAAUAAUGAUUAUGAAAGAGACAUGCAGAAGAGACGCUGUGGAGAUGAAGACGAAGGAGAUGAUGGCGAUAUCAUUAUGGCUAAUUAAAUCUGCUAACAAGCAUAUGUUAUAGUGGGAAUGGUUAGGGCAUAGAGUGGCUUCUAAGACAAGACAAAAUCAAUUAAAAGAAAGCACAUUGGAGAGGACUUUUUAUUUUUUUCUCUCUUGUUGAUAUGACAGAGCAGCAACGUCCACAUUCAUUCCUUGUUCCUCGGCAAAUGAGGCCAGGCCGGCAACAAUCUUAGACCUGUUUUUGUACCUAGUUUAUGGUGGAAGUAGCCUGGCAUUAAUUCAGAACUGCAGCGGCAAUGGGACUGGGCGGAGCCACUGCCCGGUUACUCUUCUUCCUUUCUUUCUUUACUUCAGGAAUUCAUCUCCUUCUCUCCGACACAGACCCUCGUGAUGCGGCAGCACUCAAAUCACUCAAGAGUCAAUGGCAAAAUACACCACCUAGCUGGGACCAGUCUGAUGAUCCAUGUGGAGCACCCUGGGAAGGAGUCACAUGCUCCAAUUCAAGGAUCACUGCAUUGGGGUUAUCAACCAUGAGCCUCGUAGGGAAGCUAAGUGGUGAUAUUGGAGGACUGGCCGAAUUGAGAUCCUUGGACCUGUCAUUUAACUCAAACCUCACAGGACCCCUCUCUCCACGGUUAGGAGACCUGCUAAACUUGAACAUCCUAAUCCUUGCUGGUUGUGGCUUCAGCGGUAGUAUUCCAGAUGAGCUGGGCAAUCUCGCCAAGCUAUCCUUCUUGGCUCUCAACUCAAACAAGUUCUCUGGCGGAAUCCCACCUUCUCUGGGUAAACUCUCCAAACUCUACUGGCUGGACCUUGCAGACAAUCAAUUGACAGGAACCAUCCCAAUCUCGAAAGGCACCAUCCCAGGCUUGGACCUGCUACUAAAUGCUAAGCACUUUCAUUUCAAUAAAAACCAGCUUUCAGGUUCCCUUCCACCUGAACUUUUCAACUCUGAUAUGAUGCUGAUACACGUAUUGUUCGAUGGGAACCAACUUGAAGGAAAUAUUCCCUACACAAUAUGCCAAGUUCAGAGUCUUGAGGUUCUUCGACUUGACAGAAAUUCUUUAGAUGGGGAGGUCCCAGAUAAUUUGAACAACCUCACGAACCUCAACGAAUUGAAUUUAGCACACAAUAAGCUGAGAGGCCCUUUUCCAAAUUUAACUAGAAUGGAUGCCCUCAAUUAUGUGGAUCUUAGCAACAAUUCUUUCGAAUCUUCAGAAGCUCCUGAUUGGUUCUUAACCUUACCAUCUCUCACAACCUUAGUUAUAGAGCAAGGAUCUCUUCAAGGGACUUUUCCAUCAGAAGUCUUCAGUUUUCCUCAGAUACAGCAAGUGUUGUUGAGGAAUAAUGCAUUCAAUGGCUCCUUCAACAUGAGUGUCAGCAUCAGUCCACAACUCCAACUUGUUGAUCUGCAGAACAACCAGAUUUCCUCCGUAACACUGACGGCUGAUUACACAAACAGAUUAAUACUUGUAGGAAACCCAGUGUGCAUUGCUCUCUCAAAUACCAGUUACUGUCAACUCCAGCAACAGUCUACAAAGCCUUAUUCCACUAGCCUUGCAAAUUGUGGAAGUAAACUGUGUCCCAUUGAACAGAAGCUCAGCCCUCAGAGUUGUGAAUGUGCCUAUCCAUAUGAAGGGACUCUGUACUUCAGAGGACCCUCCUUCCGGGAAUUGUCCAAUGAUAAUACGUUUCACUCACUAGAGAUGUCACUUUGGGACCAGCUGGGCCUAACUCCUGGUUCAGUUUUUCUUCAGAACCCUUUUUUUAACGUCGACGACUACCUUCAGGUGCAGGUCGCGCUAUUUCCACCCACUGGAAAUUUUUUUAAUAGAUCUGAAAUUCAGAGGAUUGGAUUUGCCUUGAGCAACCAAACGUACAAGCCUCCCAAAUAUUUUGGGCCCUACUAUUUUAUUGCAUCGAAUUACCCUUUUCCAGAUGGUUCCAGAGGAAAUUCUUUGAGCACUGGUGUGGUUGUUGGCAUAGGAAUUGGCUGUGGCUUACUGGUUAUGAGCCUUGUCGGAGUAGGGAUAUAUGCAAUUCGUCAGAAGAAACGUGCAGAAAAAGCUAUUGGAUUAAGUAAACCAUUUGCUUCUUGGGCUCCGAGCGGCAAUGAUAGUGGCGGGGCACCUCAGUUGAAGGGAGCAAGAUGGUUCUCUUAUGACGAACUUAAAAAGUGCACUUGCAACUUUUCGCAAAGUAAUGAGAUAGGUUCUGGAGGCUAUGGAAAGGUGUAUAGAGGAAUGCUUUCUGAUGGCCAAGUUGUGGCAAUCAAAAGAGCUCAGAAGGGAUCAAUGCAGGGAGGGCACGAGUUCAAGACUGAAAUUGAGUUGCUAUCACGGGUCCAUCACAAGAACCUUGUUGGUCUUGUGGGUUUCUGUUUUGAACAAGGAGAACAGAUGCUAGUCUAUGAAUACAUGCCUAAUGGAACAUUGCGGGAAAGCUUGUCAGGAAAGUCUGGCAUUUAUCUUGACUGGAAAAGGAGACUUCGCAUUGCUCUUGGCUCGGCUAGAGGAUUAACUUACUUGCACGAGCUUGCGGACCCUCCUAUAAUCCACAGAGACGUCAAGACCACCAACAUUCUGUUGGAUGAAAACUUAACUGCAAAGGUUGCUGAUUUUGGCCUGUCAAAGCUGGUAUCAGACAUCUCAAAAGGACAUGUUUCAACUCAGGUUAAAGGCACCCUGGGUUAUCUGGAUCCAGAAUAUUACAUGACACAACAAUUAACGGAGAAGAGCGAUGUGUACAGUUUUGGGGUGGUCAUGCUUGAACUGAUAAUAGCAAAGCAGCCUAUAGAGAAAGGGAAGUACAUUGUCCGGGAAGUAAGAAUGACAAUGGACAGGGAUGAUGAAGAGCACCAUGGAUUGAAAGAAAUAAUGGAUCCAGGUAUUAGAAACAUGGGGAAUCUUGUAGGAUUUAGGAGGUUUUUGGAAUUGGCAAUGCAGUGUGUUGAAGAGUCAGCAGCAGAACGUCCACCAAUGAGUGAGGUGGUGAAGGAAAUAGAAAUGAUACUGAAAAAUGAUGGGAUGAACACGAACUCAACUACAUCAGCAUCUUCUUCUGCUACAGACUUUGGAGCUUCAAGAGUUGGUCCUCUUAGGCAUCCUUACAAUGAUGUUACAGCUAAGAAUAAGGAUGUUAACAGCGUCGACAGUGUCAAUCACGAUGCCUUUGAUCACAGUGGUGGCUCCACCCUCUCAGGAAAAGCUGAGUCAACGUAGCAAAUGUUCAACUCUUUUUUCUAUUUUUCCUUCCCUUUUCAGGUUAACUACAGCAAUAUUGAUUUAUACUGUGUUCAAUCCAAAAUGAAAACAAAAUGCCUUUAUUUUAUUGUAGUAGUAGAAGUGUGCAGUUUACACAUUUUGACCUUAUUAGCCUUUCUUUUCAAUCAUAUAUAUGAAAGGUCUGUAGAAGAAGAAGAAGGGAUUGCUUGCCUUCUUUUCUUAAUUUCUAGUUUC